AAGAGAAGCUUAUAAAAGCACUCUAUUGGCUUCACUUUCAUUAGGUCUGAUUCCAUAGAAACACCUGCUUUUAGUAGUGACUUCACCAUGCCACAAAAUGGAAGCUCCUUUUAAGCAAAUGCAAAUCCUUUCCCUUAUCUUUUGGCAAACUUCACAUGCAAGUUCCAUUUCUUUUCCCUCAGAGAGUGAGAAUAGAAAGACACUGACAUCUAUCUAUUCUAGCUUAGCUCCAUGUCUGACUCAUACCUCACUUUCUGUUUUCUUUCUUCCAUUCUUGCUCUCACUGUAAUCAUCAUUUUCAUGAAAAGAAAGAAGGCAAGGCUUAACCUUCCCCCUGGAAAAAUGGGAUGGCCCUUUCUUGGGGAAACCAUUGGGUACUUGAAGCCAUACUCUGCUACCACAGUAGGAGAUUUUAUGGAAAAGCACAUAGCAAGGUAUGGUACAAUUUACAAGUCAAAAUUGUUUGGUGAGCCUGCAAUAGUUUCUGCAGAUGCAGAGUUGAACAGGUUCAUAUUACAGAACGAAGGGAAGCUGUUUGAGUGCAGCUAUCCAAGAAGCAUUGGAGGAAUACUUGGAAAAUGGUCCAUGUUGGUCUUAGUUGGGGACAUGCAUAGGGACAUGAGAAACAUUUCACUGAACUUUCUGAGCCUUGCUAGGCUCAAAACACAUCUAUUGAAAGAAGUGGAGAAGCACUCUCUUCUAGUUCUAGGCUCUUGGAAAGAAAAUUGUACAUUCUCAGCUCAAGAUGAAGCAAAGAAGUUCACAUUCAAUUUGAUGGCGAAACAUAUCAUGAGCUUGGAUCCUGGGAAUCUAGAGACAGAACAGCUGAAGAAAGAGUAUGUCUCUUUCAUGAAUGGUGUGGUGUCUGCACCUUUGAAUUUUCCCGGAACUGCAUACAGAAAAGCAUUAAAGUCUAGGUCCACCAUACUGAAGUUCAUAGAGGGAAAAAUGGAAGAAAGGAUCAAAAGAAACCAAAAUUUGGAGGAAGAUCUUCUAAACUGGGUUGUGAUGCAUUCAAAUCUUUCAACUGAGCAAAUUCUUGACCUGGUUCUGAGCUUGCUCUUUGCAGGCCAUGAAACUUCAUCUGUGGCUAUAGCUUUAGCUAUUUACUUUUUGCCAGGUUGUCCUAAAGCUAUACAACAAUUAAGGGAAGAACAUAGAGAAAUAGCCAGGUCCAAGAAGCAAGCAGGGGAGGUUGAAUUAACUUGGGAUGAUUACAAAAGAAUGGAGUUUACUCAAUGUGUUGUGAAUGAAACACUGAGGUUGGGAAAUGUUGUGAGGUUCCUUCACAGGAAGGCUCUGAAAGAUGUUCGGUACAAAGGUUAUGACAUUCCACGUGGGUGGAAAGUCCUCCCUGUGAUUUCAGCUAUGCAUCUGGAUCCUGCACUUUUUUACCAACCUCAACACUUCAAUCCAUGGAGAUGGAAGGUGGGAAGGGAACGGAACAGGACACAUGGGUUCCGUUCUGUGUUUGUCCUGUUUUUAAGAUGGAACGGAACAGGACAAAAGGCUCUAGGAACGGGACACUUUGGUUCCCUGGAAAAGGGUGGAACGAAAGGGAACGGAACAGAACAUUCUCUUAAAACUUUUGAAAAUAUAAAAAUUGGUUGUUGCCCAAGCACAAGCAAUAACUUCAUGCCGUUCGGGGGAGGACCAAGGUUGUGUGCAGGGUCAGAGUUAGCAAAACUUGAAAUGGCUAUUUUUAUCCACCAUCUCAUCUUAAACUACAACUGGGAGCUGGUCAAUGCCGAUCCACCUGUUGCAUACCCUUUUGUUGAUUUUCCCCAAGGUCUAUCAAUCAGAGUUCAAAGCCACUCUUUGAUAUGAGCAAAGGAAUAAAAUACAAAUUUGGAUCAAAGCUCUUCUGACUCUUUAGCGUAUCUUAUGUUGGAGAGUAAUUGAAACCAAGUACAAAAUCAUGCAUUAGUUAGGACCAUUUUCAUUUUCUUUCGUUUCCUUCUUGCUCGUGCUAUUUUUAUUCCCGUACCCCACCUACAUUGUAUAUUUUAUAUUCCUCCCAGAAGGCUAGGAUAUAUCAUAUUAGUAUUGCUAUAUAUAUAUAUAUAUAUAUAUAUAUAUGUCCUUGGCAUUUUACUAUUUCAAACACCAAGGACCUUUAAGUUCCACCUUCAUUGUAUUUGUUGUUUAACUUUUUGUAUUAUAAAAAAUAAUCCAACAACUUUU